AUGCCCCACAUCGUCUCAGACGUUUCCAUCGGUGACCCCGGUGUCGAUGACGGCCCCGACGGUCUCGCGAAAUUCUGCCAGUUCAUGCUCAACAAGCCAGAGUUCGCCAAGGCCCUACGCGCGCUGCGUCUGCUCGACGGCGCGUUCGCCUGCCCUGCUAGCUCUGGCGGACGGUCUGGAUGGGGCGCAGACUUCUCUCCUGCCGGCCUUGUUGCCAAAGGCCUGUCCACCGCGGUGAACCUCCGCGUCCUUCACAUACGCGACGCGGAGCCCCUCUUCCAGUCGCAUCCGGCCGUUUACGCGGCCAUCACGAAGCUCGACCGGCUGAAGCUCCAGGGCAAGCUGCAGGUCAUCGAAAACGGGCUGUGGAAGGACGGCCCGCGGCCGCAGGGCGACGUGACGCCGUUCGGACGGUACGUCGAGUCGCUGUGGCACAUCCGGCUCUGGGAGUGCGGCUACAUGCUCGAGAGCGUCAUCGACCGACACGUCUGGCCGGACGUGCACACGCUCAACAUCGGCGGUCGCAUUGCGAAGAUAUCCGAGCUCGCCCGCGCAUUCCCCAACCUCCGCCGCCUCAUGUUCCACAUGGAGUUCUCCGUCAAGUAG